AUGGUGGUCGAUCAGGAACCGGCCCGUGAUGAGAUAUGCAUUUAUGUGAAAGGUAACAUCGAUGCGGAUAUCACAUAUAAUCCCAAAUUGGCAAAAGAAUCACAAAAAUAUAUAAUCGUUACUGCACAAACCUUUAAUGUGAAGUCAAAUGCAUCUGAAUGGAAGUCAAAAGAAUGGAAAGUCUAUUUAUACGAUGAUAAUGAAAAGCCCAUGGAAUUGGUAAAAAAGUACUUUCAACUUGAGCACAAGCACAACAAAAUGUUGAAUUUCAAGGCGCUUGGAGUAGAGAUGCGGGCUGAUUCCGAUGUUCAACUACAGGUGACACUGCUGAAUGGCAACACUGAUCCAACUGCAGUCGCUUUGAGCGUCGACUUCGAUCCCCUGAAUGAGAAUGCUGGCGUCAUUGCAGCCGCUGUGCUACUUAUCUUCCUCUACGUGCUCAUCAUUUGGGAUAUUACGGAUCGUACAUUUGCCGCACUUUUUGUGGCAACGGCCUCCAUCGGAGUACUUUGCAUUAUGGGUGAACGACCCUCAAUGGCUGUAGUCAUUUCAUGGAUAGAUAUGGAUACAAUGAUGCUACUGUUUGGCAUGAUGAUUUUGGUAGCAAUUAUUGCAGAGACCGGCAUAUUUGGUUAUGCGUCCGUGUGGGCCUAUCGUAUAUCGAAGGGCCAGCCCUGGAUGCUGUUGUUCCUGCUCUGCUUGCUGACCGUUGUGCUCUCCGCCUUUCUGGACAAUGUCACCAUUCUGAUGCUAAUGGUGCCCAUUGUGAUACGAUUGUGUGAAUGCAUGGACUUGCGUACCACAACUGUGCUCAUCGUUGUGGCCAUAUUCUCGAAUAUCGGCGGCGCCCUCACGCCCGUUGGCGAUCCGCCGAAUGUGAUAAUUGCAUCGAAUCAUUAUGUUCUUGAGGCAGGCAUUGACUUUUGCACCUUCGUUAUACACAUGCUGCCGGGCGUGGUUUUAAGCCUUGUCGCUGCUUGGGGCUACAUAUAUUUGGUGCUGCGCAAUGGAUUACAGAAAGGCGGCGCCGAUCAAAUGCGCGAAUCCAUUAAUAAUCUGGCCAAAACAGCGGCCGUAUUGCGUGAAACACCCAGCGAGGCGAAACUGCGUCGCGAGAUACUAGAGCGCAUCGAAGAGCUAAAGGAACGUUAUAGACGCAAGCCGUCCCCACAGACGGGUUCGCAGCCGACAACGAAUUUCAUUGAAACACUGGCCGAGAUGCAGGCCAAAUAUAAGGUGGAAGAUAAGCCGCUGCUUAUCAAAUGCUGCAUUGCCCUAACCUUUGCCGUGCUACUCUUCACGCUGCACUCGCUGCCAUUUCUGGAGGGCGCAACGCUGUCCUGGGCCGCCUUCUUGGCAGCGCUGCUGCUACUCAUAUUGGCCGAUAAGCGGAACCUUCAUUCUAUCCUGGCGAGCAUCGAGUGGUCGACUCUGCUGUUUUUUGCCUCACUUUUUGUCUUCAUCGAGGCCUGCGCGGAGCUGGGCCUCAUCGAUUGGGUGGGCAAUCGCACAAUUGCGGUUAUUGUGAGCGUCGAUGAGAAACAUCGUCUACUCGCGGCAAUUAUGCUUGUGCUAUGGAUCAGCGCCUUGUUCUCAGCUUUUGUCGAUAAUAUACCCAUUGUCACCAUGAUGCUCAAACUGGCGAUAAAGCUGGCCCUCAACGAGGAGCUGAAAAUGCCCUUGCUACCCUUGAUAUGGGCGCUCUCGUUUGGCGUAUGCUAUGGCGGAAAUGGCACACUGAUUGCCGCCUCCUCCAACGUGGUGGCAGCUGGCAUUGCCAAUCAGUAUGGCUAUAAGAUUACCUUUUUUGAGUUCUUUAAAUAUGGCUUUCCUGUUAUGAUUCUAACUGAUAUUAUAGCUGCAAUUUAUCUGAUCAUCGCAAAUGGACUCUUGCAAUGGCACUGA